AUGGAUAUAAUAGAAUUGAUUGAAAAAAGGAAAUUCAAAUAUAUAGAUAAAAAUGUAAAAUUAAAAAAGUUGCAAAAUUUUUUUUUCUGUUUUUUAAGGUAUAACAAUUUGUACAAAGGAAAAAACAAAUACGUACAUAAAAUAUGGAAACGCUUAAUUAAUGAGAAUAAUUAUUUUGACAAAUACAAGGAAUUUUCCUUUGUUAAUUUUCGGUAUGUUUGUGAGUUUUUAUUAAAUGUAUUAUUAAACGAAAUAAAUACCUGUCCAUAUGAAAAAGAAAAAGAAAAAGAAAAAAAAAAAAAUAUAUAUAUAUAUAACGAAAUAGAUAAAAACGAAAAUAAUACAAACAUUAAUAGGAUUGUGAACAUUUUUUUAAUGCAAUUUUUCCGAGUUAUAGAAUACCAUGCACAUGAUUUUUUAACAAACGAAGAAACGUAUGAAUAUCUUAUAAGUGAUGAAAUUAAUAAUAAGAUACAACAACAAAAUGAAAUUUGUCAAAAUAGGGAUAACACAAAACGUGUUGAUUAUAUAAAUUCUUAUGAAAACAAUGAAUUUGUUAUUUUAAAAAAUACACAUAUAUAUAAUAAUACUUACAUUAGUAGUAAAGAUUUUGAGACGUUUUCAACAAAUUUAAUAAUUUUCAAUCAUAAUUAUGAAUUUGAAAUAUUGUUUAAUAUAAUUCAUCCACUUAUAUAUAAUACUUACAUAUGUAAUUUGAUUAUAGAUAAAUUAAAUUUGUGUAAUAUAGAUAUUAAUAAAUCCUUUUUACAAUAUAUGCUUUAUUUUUUAUAUAAUAUUUAUGACAAAUAUAAAAAUAUUCUCUUUUUCUAUUAUAUGAUUUAUAAAACGUUUAAGAAAAUAAAAAAAAAUAUAAUCAAUCAUCAACAUGUAUUAAUUGAAUGGAAAUUUGUAAAAUUUAUUAAAAACAAAAAUAAUAAUAUAAUUAAUAAUUUUAAAUGCUUAAGAAGAUUUUUGUUAAAUAUAAGUGAUAAAAUUACCAUAACAAAUUUUGUUAAUAUUGUUUUCUCAUUUUUACAUGAACAGUUAAGGCAAAUUUGUUCAAACAAUUUUGAGUGUAAUUAUUUAUCGUAUCAUCAGGAAAAUAAUUUAUUUGAAUUUUCAUUCUAUGUAUAUUUAUCUCUACAAGACUUAUUUGAUAAUUGUAAUUCUGUUUUUAAUUUUGACAUUCAGCAAAUUAAAGAAUUUAUUCGAAAUGGAAAACAUGGAAACAAUGAACCGGAUAAAGAAGAUGAAAAAUAUAAGGAAGAUGAAAAAUAUAAGGAAGAUGAAAAAUAUAAAGAAGAUGAAAAAUAUAAGGAAGAUGAAAAAUAUAAAGAAGAUGAGAAAUAUAGAAAAGAUGAGAUACAUAGAAAAGAUGAGAAACAUAGAACAGAUGAGAAACAUAGAACAGAUGAGAUACAUAGAAAAGAUGAGAAAUAUAAUAACGAUGAAGAAAAUCAUGAAAAUGUCAAAAUUAAUCAAAAUGAAAAGGUUCAUAUAAAUAUACAAAAUAUACAAAACGAAAUGUUUGAUAUUUAUAUGGUUUUAUAUUUUAUUAAUAAAAGUAAUUGUAAUAAUUAUGUAAAGUUAAAAUCCAUUUUAGCUGUUUUUAUAAAAUGGCUAGUUAUAUCACCUGACUCGUUCAUGCAAAAUGAAGAAAAAAAAAAAAAAAAAAAUGAACAAGAUGAUGUUGAUGAAAAUAUAAAUGAUGAGUCAAUAAAUGGAUUAGAAAAAAGCGACAAGAAUAUAAGUGCAAAUAUAAGUACAAAUAUGAAUGCAAAUAUGAAUGCCCAUAAUUAUUGCAACUCCUUUCUUGAAAUAAAAGAUGUGAUAAAAAAUAUUGUUAAAAAAUGUAAAGAAGGUGACACAGAUAACAUUAAUAAUAACAACUUGAAUGAUAAUAAGAUUAGAAAUAGUUGUGAAGAGGAUGAAGAAAAUGAGAAAAAAAAAAAAAAAAGAAGAGAGAAGAAAAAUAUAUUUAGGAAAAAUAUGAUUAAGAAUAUAAUGAAUUCAAUAGAAAAUAAUGAGAAUUUAUUAGAUUCCUUUUAUUUAGAAAAGCUUAACUUUUAUCAUAUAAAUUAUAUAACAAGAUUUAUAUAUAUAUGUUGUUAUAAUAUUAUAAAUAAUGAAAAAGAAUAUUUAAUAAAAUAUGAUUCAAUUCCAGAUAUAGAAACAGAAUAUAAAUAUAAUUAUUGUGAAUAUAGUGAUGUUAAUUAUUAUAAAAAUUAUUUAUCAGAUAAUAUUUGUAAUAAUAUUAUUAAAAGUAAUUAUGUGACAAUUGUGUCUAUUUUAAUUCAUAUGAAUAUUCUUAAUAUUCAUGAUAUAUGGAGUAUUUAUUUAUUAAAAUUAAUUGAAAAUAAUAAUUUUUUCCACAUAUUGAAUUUUUUAAUAUAUAAAAAGAAAAAUGUUCUUUUUUAUUUAACCAUAUCAAGUUUUUUAAAAAUUAAUUAUGAAUUUGUUUUGUAUUCUUUUCCUAUACUUACCGAGCAAAAUAAAAUUAAUGAGGAUAUAUUAUUCUCAUAUGUAACAGAAGAUGAAAAUAUUAAUAUUGGUAUAAUACAUUUUUAUAUGUAUUAUUAUAAACAGAAACUAAAAGAAAUAUUUUUUAAUAAUAUAAAUGAAUUAAGAAAUAAUAUAUUCAAAGAAUAUAUAUGUAAUGAAAAUCGUAUGUUAGAUAUUUUAACUUUUUGCUCUAUGAAUAUAACAAAAUAUAUAAUAAGAUUACCUUUAAAUAUUUUAAAAUAUAUAUUUAAAGAAAUAUUUAAAUAUUUAUCUAAACCUAUUCAUGACGUUAAGAAAAGUAUCAAUGAUUAUUUUCAUAGCAUGUGUUUAAGAAUAGUAUAUUAUUUAUUUGAGCUCAUUUUUAAUAUAUCAACAUAUAUAUAUUAUAAUUUUAAUGAUGAUAUAGACAUCAACAUAUAUCAUAAGAAGUUUUAUAUAUAUGCAUUUUUUUUCAAUUUAAUAGAUGUUUAUAUAAAAUUUGUGGAGAAAUAUAAUAAUAAAAACAAUACACAUAUCCCUUCUUUUUUAAAUUAUAAAUUAAUACAAGCAUUUCUUUUAUUUUUUAAAUAUUCUUGGUUUUGUAAAAUAUUAGUUUGUGAAACGUGUGAUGUAUAUGAAAAUAGUGACGACACGCUAAAAAGAUCCCAUGAUAUCUUUGAAGAUGAAUCAUAUAAUAUAAAAAAUACAUAUAAAUAUAAUUACAAAUACAAAAAGAAAUACAAAGAGUACAUUUUUGAAUGUAAGAAUAAACGUAUGUUUCAUAUCCCACCAUAUAUUAAACAUGACAAUAUGAGAGGACAAAUUUUCAAUAGUAAUGAAAAAAUUAAUAAGAAUAAAUAUUUCAUAAAUCAUUGUAGUGAUAAUUACAUAAUGUGUAAUAAUAUAAAUUAUGAUGAUUUACGGUUGUGUACUAAAUUACAUAAUAUAGAAAAUUUCAAUUAUUUUAAAAAUUAUUAUUGUCAAAAUAUUGAACCAUAUAUUAUUACAGAUACUAAUAACGAAAACGAAAGAGAAAAUUCAGUUAACAUUAUUCUUGAUAAAAAAAAAAAAGAAAAUUUCAAUGAAUAUUAUUCGAAUUAUAUAAUUUUUAUUAUUUUGAAAUUUUUUGAAAAUAAUAAUAUCAAAGUUCUUUGUUAUUUUUAUACUUUAUUAUUGUAUUGUAUAGCAAAAUUACAUUUAUCUAAUAAUUAUAGAUUUAAAGAAAUUAAUUAUUUAUAUAUUUUACAUAUGUUACCAUGGAAAACUUCUCUUCAUUUUUGUAUUAAGGAGAGCCACUUGAGUUGUUUUUUUUUUCAAAAGUUUUAUGAAUGUGUUCAGAAUUUGUUACCAGAAAUAAUGAUUGAACAUUUCCAUGACCGUUGUAACAUUCCUUCAUUAUCAUUCCAAAUGGAUGCUUUAAUAAAAAGUUUUAAAAAUGAAAAAAUAAGUAGAAACUCAAAAGGAAAAGUAAAAAUAAACGUACCUCAGGUGGAUAAUAAAGAACAGCAUGGUAAUAUCUAUAAACAUGUAUAUAUGGAUGAUCAUAAAUAUUAUAAUAAGGAUGGGGAGGAACAUAUAUAUCCGAAUGAAUAUGAAAAUAAAUAUAUUACCCAUGAUACGAAAAAAAAUAUAGAGGAGAAAAAUUGUUUUCAUGAAUUAGAUAAAAAAAAUAUCGAAAAAAUGAAUUUAUAUGAACAAAUAAUAUAUGGAAAGCAUAUUAUAAAAAAAAUAUUUUUUUUGUUAGAUGCUUCAGAAUGUCAUAUGGAUAUAAUAACAUAUUUAAAUAAUAUUUUUGAUAGUAGUUUAUUAAAAAAUUGUUUAUUAAUAAAUACAUUUAUACAUUUAUAUUUUUUAAAUAGUCCAAUGAAUGAAUGUUUUAUUGAAAAUAAUUUUAUUGAAAUGAUUCAGAACAUAUUUGAUGAGCAGGCAUGUUCUUAUUAUAUUUCCAUAUUUCAGAAUCCUCUUAACUUUUUUUUAAAAUGUACUAAUAAAUUUUGUGAAGUAUUAGUUCAUUAUGAUUGUCUAGAUAAUUUAAUAUCUUUUAUAUUUACAAAGUUGUAUAAUUAUUUGUCUUUAAUACCUCCUAAAAUAUCACCAGAUGAUUUUCUUCCUUUAAAUGUAGAAGAUAUAACUUCACUUCAGGAAACGGCUGUUGCACAAUUUGUAAUGAAUUUGAAGAGAGAAGAUAUACAAAAAAAUGAAACGGAAGAAAAUUAUACUAUUAACAAUGGUACAAAUAAGGAAAAGUGUGUAGAUAAUAAAAAUGUAAAACCAGACGAUAAUACAGUUGAGUUGAAUAAAUCAACAAAUUUCAUUUUUGAGGACUUAAAAUUUUUCUUAAAAAAAAUGGAUAUAUUUGUAAAAACAUUUAAUAUAAAUUCGUUAAAUAGUAUUUGUGAAUCAGGCUUUAAUUCCAAGAGUGCUUUUUUUUUAUGUUUUUAUAUGACUCCAUCUAUUUUUGCUAACAUCUUUUAUUAUUUAAAUAAUAACAUAACAGCUAUAGUUAAUGAAAGCUUUAACCUAGAGGAAAAUAUAAAAUAUUAUGAACAUGUUCAUGUAAAAAAAACAGAAUAUACUCUAGAGCCAUAUAACAUUAUAGAUAAAACUGUUUUUUAUUUUCAAAUUGUUGUGUUCUACUUAAUUAUUAAUUCAAAUAAUGUUUUAAUGGAUAAUUCAAAUUAUUUAGAAACUGUGUGUUCUUUCUUUUCAAAAUGUCUAAAGGUAAGUCUAAAGGAUUAUAUAGACAAACUUAUUAUUGCAAUAACACCCAUCAUGUUACAAUAUUUUUAUUUCUUUCCAUCCUUUAUUCCUUCAAUUAUAACAACUUUGUCUGAGAUGCCAAAACAGGGUAAUGAAUUUUCAAAACACAUGACAAAACUUGAAAAUAAACUUAAGAUAAUAUUGGAAUGUUCUUAUAAAUAUCUCAAUAAGGAGGAUUCAUCAUAA